GGCGGGGCAGCGGCGGGCACAAUUUGGACACGUCAAAUCAGCCCCUGUUGUGCCAUACAGCUAGUAGGCGGCUGCUGUGUGAUUCGGGCCAAGUCUAUAAAUCUGCAGUAGCCUAUCCAAAGAAUCUGCAAUAUUUAGCAUCUCGUCCUAUUUAAAGUCGACUGUGCUGCUCUAGCUCGAAUCACGUUCUCUAAUUUAUUUCCGGUCGAAACUGCCAGCUACUGAAUCUGUCAAAUCCCUUGGCAUUCGACUCACCUCGCCCCACCUGUCGUAGCGAAUAUUUAUUUUUGUAACAUCAUCAUACCAUGCUCUGUUCGGUCAAACCUCAUAUCCAGCUCAACAACAAGAGAAUCCACUCCGAGUUCGCAGCAAUCACAUGCAUCGAUUUUCUGGAUGAAGAUCGACGCAUCAUCACCUGUUCCGAAGAUGGUUCCAUCCAAGUUCGGAAGGCGGAUACAGGUGAAAAAGUGGGUGACCCCUGGACAGAUGAAGGAAGUGGGGGCAUCCACGCCAUGGCAGUAUCGCCAGAUCAAACGGAAGUCGUAACCGGCAGCCAAGAUGGCAGGAUACGCCUGUGGAAUGUGGCCACCAGGGAAAGGACCAGAAGAUCGAGGCAAGCUCACAGCCUCACAAUACUGUCUGUCUGCUGGAGUCCGGAUGAAUUUCACAUCGCCAGCGGGUCUGAAGACGGAACGGUGUUCAUAUGGGAUACCAACCAAGACGAUAUCGUUGGACAUCUUAUCAGAACUAACCACCCACAUGUAUACGCUGUAUGCUAUUCACCUGGCGGUGAAACGCUCGUGACGAGCGGAUACAACAACAUGAUCACUUUCUGGGACGUCAAUACAAGGGAGGCGCUCCGCUUUGUAGAAGCAUGCCAUUUAUCGCAGCAGGUCCAUUGCAUCGCAUGGACUUCAUAUGAUAGAAUUUUCCUGGGAUGUAGUAAUGGAAUCGUACAGGCAACAGCUAAUGCCGAAGGAGAAGUCGCCUGUCUAGGCAAACGUACUGGUCCUAUCUGCGCCAUCGUCUUGUCUCAAGACGAGCUUUUAUUGGCAGCCGCUUCUCUCGAUAAUACCAUCUCCUUAUGGAAUCCAAAAACCAACAAGUCAGUUGGUCGGCCAUUGUGUCGUCCCAAGGGCCUGAGGUGUGCGGCUUUCGCAAGAAACCCUGACAGCGGACUGUUCGCCGCCAGUGGUACCGAUGAUGUGUAUAUCUGGGAUCUUCAGGAGCUGUUUAGGGAUUUCAAUAGUACAUUGCCUCUCAAUCCAAGACCAUGGUAUGAGCGUUGCAUAGUGCAGUGGAGUUCCUUAUUCAGAACUGUUGUCCAAGUCACUGAGAAGGCAUUUGGUCGUUUGAGACGCACGCGUGCCGCUGGCCCGGGAGUGGGGCACGGUGCGCAAGAAAACUAUUUGCAUGGCCGUCAAUCACUUGACAAACAGGAAAGUGCAGUGCACCUGUUAGGGUAAAGGACAAUGUUUGGUCUCGUCGGCUGUGUGUUGGUUAUUUCAAGUUGUCCUCCGUCUAGAUGGAGGAUUAGAUCUUUUCGUUUUGGUUUAUCCUGUAUCUCCACGUACCAGUAGGUACUAUUUUGUUCUUGUUUCUACUUGUAUCUUCCGACGGGACUCAGGGCAGUACAAUCACGUCUAAUCAGGAGCUUGGUUUUGUGUACGAGACAUAGACAUAUUCUUGGAUCCUUAUUUCGGGUCAAUACAGCAUUUACCACUGUCCGGCUCCGCGGUAGGACAGACUGGGUGCGAAAUGAUAACUUUGGGGCCCGCGUUUGAAAUUUGAGGGGACGUGGGUGAUUAAUGGAUGUCUCAGCGGAGAUGGCGG